UGUAGCAGAAAGAGAACAAAGGCCAUCUGAUUCUUCAUCCAAGAAGCUCUCUCCUUUCUCUCCAUCGUCUCCUGUAUGAACUGGUUCAGCUUCCGCGUUAUUUUUCUUUCUAAUUUAUCAUCCUCAGAAGCAGAAAAGAAGGGAAACCUGAAGGUUUUCAUCAUUUAUUUAUUUUUUCUUUUCAUUUUUUUUACCGGUUUAUUUGAAACGAUGUCGUGUUAUCUAUAUACAUUGUCCCUCAAAAUUGAUAUUUGAGACGGCUUCUCGCAAAGCUACGUUUACAAGCUUGUGACAGAGAAACCCUACCCUACCUGAAUUUACCGUAGAACGGCCAUUAGAAGCGAUUGCUGAAAAAGAGAAAGGCGGAGGCGGCGGCAACCAAGAUGUCGUCGACGCUUUUGGAGGUGACUCGCGCAGCUCAUGAGGAAGUGGAACGGCUCGAGCGGAUCAUAGUGAAGGAUCUCCAGAAUGAGCCCGCGACGAACAAGGACCGGCUCUUUCAGAGCCACCGAGUUCGUAACAUGAUCGAAACCAUCAUGUCUACUACGCACAAACUCGUGGAGAUUUAUGAAGAUAAGGAUAGUGCAAGGAAGGACGAGAUUGCAGCUCUUGGGGGCCAAACAGCAACAGGAACAAACGUGUUUAGUGCGUUUUAUGAUAGGCUGAAAGAGAUUCGUGAGUACCAUAGAAGGCAUCCAGCAGCACGCGUUGUUGAUGCCAACGAGGAGCAUGAGGCACUGCUUAAAGAGGAACCCGUAAUUGAGUUCACUGGGGAGGAAGCAUUUGGGAAAUAUUUGGACAUGCAUGAGUUGUACAACCAGUUUAUUAAUUCAAAAUUCGGGGAGCCUAUUGAAUACUCUGCUUACCUUGAUGUUUUUUCACAACCACAUAAUAUCCCUCGAAAACUGAAGUUAACAAGGCAAUAUAGGGAAUAUAUGGAGAAUCUACUCGAGUAUUUAAUUUACCUUUUUCAACGGACAGAGCCCCUGCAAGAUCUUGAUAGGAUAUUCUCUAAGGUUACAGCCGAAUUUGAGGAGCAAUGGGAAAAUGACAAUGUACAAGGAUGGGAGAAGGAUGUUAAAGAAAGUGGGCAACUUCCACCUCAGCAUACUGUUAUCGAUCUUGAUUAUUACAGCACAGUUGAGGAACUUAUGGAAGUGGGCCCUGACAAAUUAAAGGAGGCAUUGGUUGCAUUAGGACUAAAGAGUGGCGGUACUCUUCAGCAGCGUGCAGAGAGGCUUUUCCUCACAAAGGACACACCACUUGAGAAGUUGGACAAGAAGCAUUUUGCGAAAAGGUCACAUGGAUCAGAACAGAAUGGAGGUGCACCUGCCUUAAAAGAAGUUGACAAUUCAAAAGAAAUUGCCCUGAUGGAGGCCAAAAUGAAAAAACUGUGUGAUUUACUGAGUGAGACUAUUGUACAGACAAAAGAAAAUGUUGUGAAGAAGCAGGCUUUGACAUAUGAUGAAAUGGAAGCAGAGCGUGAGGAGGAAGAGAUGCAAGCUGACACUGAAAGUGAUGAUGAGGAGCAACAGAUUUACAAUCCUCUCAAGCUGCCAAUGGGUUGGGAUGGAAAGCCUAUUCCUUACUGGCUGUAUAAACUUCAUGGUCUUGGUCAGGAAUUCAAGUGUGAGAUAUGUGGGAACUAUAGUUACUGGGGACGUAGGGCUUUUGAGCGGCAUUUCAAGGAAUGGCGCCAUCAGCAUGGGAUGCGUUGUCUUGGCAUUCCAAACACCAAGAACUUUAAUGAGAUCACAUCAAUUGAGGAAGCAAAAGAAUUGUGGAAAAAAAUACAAGAGCGGCAAGGACUGAACAAGUGGCGACCAGAUCUUGAGGAGGAGUAUGAAGACAGAGAGGGGAAUAUCUACAACAAAAAGACAUAUACUGAUCUGCAACGCCAGGGAUUGAUUUAAGUUUACAAUACUGGUGGAUGCCUGCCUCUGAGUGAAUGAAUUUUUGCAGUUGGCCCCCUUAACUGAGAGUAACCUUCCCAAGCCAAGGUGUAGUUCCAAUUACAGUUCUUUGCAUCAUCUUAACCAUGUUGGCCCUGACUCUGUAAUACUGCAGUGUAUUGUACCAGUAUGUAGUCUAAAAAUUUCACUAUUUGAGGAAUUGAAGCAAUCCCAAAAGACGGAUGAGCCUGAAUUAUAAAUUCAUUUACCUUUCCCUCUCCCCUGCCUCUGUAUGUGUACUGCAUACAAUGUGAUCCUCGGUCCAAGCAAUUAUGAUAAAGCUAGUGUGGCAAAUGACAUUAAUUUUUCUAUUUAUAUUU